AUGGAUGCGUGUCUCAAAGCGGGACAGUGGAAGCGAUCCCUUGAGCUGUUCCGAGAGAUGUCCUUUUUGAAACUUCAAAAAGACGCCGUGAGUUGCAACGUUGCCAUCAUGGCCUCGUCUGCCUCGUCGAAGUGGCAACAUGGUCUUUCCGUUCUGACUGGUCGAGUGGCCGAUGAGAUCAGCCACACAUCCUGCAUGAACUCUUGCACUGAGAGAAAACAAUGGAGAUUGGCAUUGAUCUACCUGGGACAUCUGGGACAACAGAAUGGGCUGAGAUUAAAUUCAAUCAGUUGCAAUUCAGCUGUCAGUGCUUGCUCAUGUGGAGAUCACUGGCAUUUGGCUUGGGAGCUCUUUGCAUGCAUGGGCAUAUCCAGAAUUUCUACAGAUGCUUUUACUUACAGCUCUCUUGUUUCUGCCUUUGACCAUGAAUGGGAAUUGUCGUUGUGCACACUAAAGGAUGUGGAGGCAGACGAGGUUGUCAUGAAUGCCGCCAUAGAUACAUGCGCUCACGGUGGUUGGACCGUCGGGAUCAAACUGCUCGAGGAUAUGCGACAAAAAAUGAUCCGCGACGUGUCAGAUGUGCGAAAUGAUCCGAGAAGUGGACGAGUCAUACAAGCAACACAAACACUUCUCGUAACCCCAGUGGUGGCCCCAGUGGUAACACCAGUGACCUACACAGCACUGGCUUUCUCGUGCGGAGCUGCACGCUGGGAAGCUGCGGAAAAUUUGCUGGCGGAGAUGCAAAGAACCAAGGUGCGUGCAGAUGUCUUUGCUUGCAACACCUCUUUGGGUUUUUGCGAAGAAAUGCGACAGUGGCAGAGAGCAUUUUCCUGCAUGUUGCACAUGAAGGCUUCGAAGCAGGUGCCGGAUGAGAUCAGCCACCUGAUUGCACUGGACGAGAUUUUGAAGUGA